AAAUUCACAUCGUUUUGUCACUUUAUUAUGAUUCCGAUUUUAAAAAUAAUUAAAAUAAUCAAAUCUUUUUUAAAAUAAAGGCAAACCAUUCAUGCAUUUAUAUUAAGUUCAUUUAAAGUGAUAUUUAGUUUGCAAAAUUUUAUAUCACAUCUUUUGUUAUGCAAGUCACAUAUAAUAUGUUUCACUAAAUUCAUUGUUUCUAUGAUUCCUUAGUCCUUAGAAAUAAUGCCAAAGAUUGUAUCAAGUUCAACAGUCUCUUCUUCAGAACAACUCGUUGCAAAUCCCGAACAACAUCUUCACGUUUAUUAUUGCUUGUGUAGUGAAUUUAUAUUGGUUAUAGAUGCACGUUUAGAAAGAUUACCGCGACGUACAACAGACAGGGCUUAUAUUAUUUCUAAUGGAAAGAGGGUUUAUAAAUUAAAUGCGGUUGAAGCGCCAAAUCCAGUUAUUCUAAAAAGAUCCGAUGGAUAUGAAAAACAAUAUAGAUUACAUUGUCCAAGAUGUAAUUUAUUUUUGGCAUAUGAAGUAACGGAGAAGCGUAAAUCAGGACCUUAUACCUAUAUUGUCGAAGGUAGUUUAACGGAAAAUCAGGGCGUUGUUCCACAUGAUGCUAUUUCCGAAGAAUAGGAAUAAAACAUAUAAUUAUUUUUAUAAAUAUAAUCGAAAACUGACAAAUAUGUGCACGUGUGUCAAGUCGAACUUCGCCUCACCUUCUAAAUAGGGUUCCGCUAAUCAAAAAAGUAACGCAAAAGCCAAUA